AUGUAUUCUGCACUGCGCCGUCGUGUCUCUUCUGCGCUUUCCCUCAAGAAAACUAUUGCCUAUGGCCUGAAUACAUCCACAAGACGCGUUGAUGCCUCGCGACCAGUCCACAAGCAAUUCUCCACCUUCUUGACAUCCAAUCAUCUCCGAUCCAGGUCCAACUAUGCCGCCUCUCGAGCAGCCCUGCGCCAUGUGCAUGUCCGCGCCAUCUCUUACACGGCGAUCCCAAAGUUUCUGCUGCGCGCGUUCCGUGUACCGAUUGCGGCGGGAACAGUAGGCGCUGGCGGGCUUACCUAUGCCAACUACAAGUUCGAGGAGUUCAGGAAGCAGUCCGCCGACUGGAUAUCGUCCGUCCAAGAUACCGCUACGGACAUUCUUGGUUCCGCCUCCGAUGCUUUGAAGGCAGUCUCGUCCAAGGUGUCCGAGGUGAAGUUGCCCGAGUUCGAGGCACCUCAGUUCUUGAAAGACUUGUUCUCUUCCGACGGGAGUGAUGGUGGUGGUGGUAGCGGUGGUGGUGGUAGCGGCGGUGGCGGAGGCAAUGCGAAGAAGCCCAAUAACCGUCAUGCAGCCGCAUUGGCUACUCCCGUGGCAGCUGUAUCGCUUUCCGCAUCGGAUUCGCAGGCGAAUGACGAUGGUAUCUCCCCGGAUGCAGGCCUUAUGCACUUGACGCGGAAGCUCAUCGAGAUCAGGAGUAUGCUGCUGAGCAUCGAUCAGAGCGACGCGCUGAAGUUGCCGAGCAUAGUCGUAAUCGGGAGUCAGAGUUCCGGGAAGAGCUCAGUGUUGGAAGCCAUCGUUGGCCAUGAAUUUUUGCCGAAAGGGAGCAACAUGGUGACACGCAGACCAAUCGAACUCACCCUCAUUCACACGCCGGACUCCGCGCAGGAAUACGGUGAAUUCCCUGCACUCGGCCUUGGAAGGAUUACCGACUUCUCCAGCAUACAGCGCACACUCACUGACCUCAAUCUUGCUGUCCCUGACGCCGAAGCCGUCUCCAACGAGCCCAUCGAUCUCCGAAUAUACAGCCCCCGAGUGCCGGACCUCACACUGAUCGACCUCCCGGGCUACAUUCAGAUUGCCUCCAUGGACCAGCCGGAAACGCUGAAGGAGAAGAUCGCGGCGCUUUGCGAGAAGUACAUCCGCGAGCCAAAUAUCGUUCUCGCCGUAUGUGCUGCAGACGUCGACCUUGCCAACUCACCUGCUCUUCGCGCAAGUAGGAAGGUCGACCCGCUUGGUUUGCGUACCAUCGGCGUGAUCACGAAGAUGGACCUGGUGCCUGCGGAGCAAGGCGCGAUGAUCCUCUCUGGCAACCGAUAUCCUCUGCACCUCGGCUAUGUCGGGGUAGUAUGCAAAGGGCCAGGGAAAAAGUCGAAGGAUGAUUCCACCGCCCUCGUUGCGAGGAAUAGUGAGAACGAAUACUUUGGCUCUCACCGAGAUUACUUCGGCCCCUCCUCGACUCUCAUGGUAGGCACCGACACCCUCCGCCGCCGACUCAUGGAAGUCCUCGAGUCGUCGAUGGCGUCAUCAUUGCACGGCAUCACCAACGCAGUACAGCUUGAGCUCGAGGAGGCGCAGUACCAGUUCAAGGUGCAGUACAAUGACCGACGGAUCACCGCUGAGUCGUACGUCGCGGAGACGAUGGACGAACUCAAGGCGCGCUUCAAGGAGUUCACAGUGCAGUUCCGCAAGCCGCACGUCCGCGCGAGGCUCAAGGCAAUGCUCGAUGAGAAGGUGCUCAACGUACUCGAGCAGCUCUAUUGGGCAGAUAAGCGCACGACGGAGCUCUCUGCGCUUGCGGCAAACCCGAAGGUCACGCCUGAGAGCGUCGAGCCUUACUGGAAGUACAAGCUCGACGCCGCGGCAUCGCUGCUCACCAAGUCCGGUGUAGGACGCGACGCGACGCUGCUUGUCGCGGACGGGCUGCGCGCACUGAUUGACUCGAUCGCGGCUGGCGAGCCAUUCACGUUCCACCCCCGCGCGGCGGAGCGGCUAACUCAGUUCUCGCACACGCUCCUGCGCGACCGGAUCGGUAUCACGUCGGAUCAGGUCGAGAACUGCAUCAAGCCGUACAAGUACGAGGUCGAGGUUGAUCAGCGCGAUUGGGAGACUGGGCGCGUUCAGGCGGUUGAGUUAUUUGAUCGCGAGGCGGAGAUGUGCGAGAACAAAUUGAAGGAGAUCAAGAAGCGUGUCGGCGGGGGCAGGCGACUGAACGGGCUGAUUGCGUACGUGAGGGGUCUGGAGGAGCAGGAAAACGAGAAGACCCAGAAGAGGUUGAGUGGCGUGGUGGAUCAAAGCUCGCAGGUGGACCUCAACGAGGAUGAGUACCGCUACCCUCCAGCGCAGAUUCUUGAUGCGCGGCAUGCCAUGCUAUGCAGCGACAGACUGGGCAUUCUUAAGCUACGGUUGGCCGCUUUGAAGUCCAAGCGGUGCAAAGCGGGACCCGAGAACGACGUCUUCUGCCCCGAGAUCUUCCUUAAUGCUGUUGCCGACAAGUUGGCGUACACUUCGGCCAUGUUCAUCAGCAUUGAGCUGCUUGACCAUUUCUUCUACCAGUUCCCUCGCGAGAUUGACUCACGUCUUCUAUACGACCUUGACCGCCGGGAGAUCGUUGAGUUCGCACGCGAGAACCCCAUCGUGAGGAAGCACCUUGACCUACAGGAGCGCAAGGACAAGCUGGAGGAGGUUAUGAAACAGCUAAACAGCCUGGCGGCGCUGAGACCAGACGCACAGCCCACCCCUCGGCGACAGCGCGGGCUCUUCGGAGGCAUGUUCUGA